GCUUGGUGACAAUUUCGCUUGGAUGAUCCGUUGGAUGCUGGCCUGGAUGGUCUACCAGGCCUAUGGCCGACGCUGUUUGAUUCUUUGUCUUCCUUGGCUGCUGGCCGUGCUUCUCGUGCUGGAGGCCGCCGUGUGCGUCGCCUUGAAGCAGCUGAUUGUUGGGCGCUUGGAACCGGGGAGGUAUCCUUUGUUUGGGAAAACCUAUUUCCUUUGGCUCUUCCAGCGCCACUUGGUGGAGAAGUGUCGCGACCGGAUCUCUGAGUUCAUUUCUGGGACGUGCCUUCUGGUCCACUUCUACCGGGCACUGGGCGCCGACAUCGGGGAGAGAGUCGACCUGAACGAUCCAGAGCUGGAGGAGCCCGACCUGGUGUCUAUCGGGAGCGAUGUGUCUGUCAACCAUGCCCGAAUCUGUGCAGCAGGCCUCAUGGAUGGCGAGCUCAUCCUCGGUGCUGUGAAGGUCCAGUCCAGGUCGUGUGUGAUGCCUCGGGCAAUGCUGGUCAUGGGCACAGAUGUGCCCAGCGGUUCCGAGGUGCCUCCGCUAGCCUCGACCUCUGGAUGGAUGGGUUCCGUGGGAGCUGUCUGCCCCUUGCAACCCUCGAAGAUUGAACGUGUGACGACGCAGGAUUAUCUCCGCCUUGCUGUGGGGCUGCCAUGGCUCCUCAUCCUGCACAGUGCUGCGAUCGUCCCCACGAUCUAUGCCCUCGAGAUGUUGUGGGCGUUCACUGGCGGGAACUGGAUCUUCUGGCUGCUAUCACCUCUGGUAUACCGGCACGGAUUCGCACUCACUUUCUUCCUCCUGACCGUGCUUCAGAAGCGUGCGCUGGUUGGGCGCUUACUUCCUGGACCUAUGCCCGAGGAAGGCUCAUGGGCCUGGCACAAGGAUGCCUUUCGGACCUGGCUCCACGAACAGGCGGUUUGUGCCAGGAGCUUCGACGACGCCAUGGAUCCUUUCGUAGGCACGGAAGUGCUGAGCAUCAUGUACAGAAUGUUGGGAUCCAAGAUAGGGCGGCGCGUGCAAAUGGACACCGUCUAUGUAGCGGAGCACGACUGCUUCACCGUCGAAGAUGACGUUGUUUUCGGAUCCGUAGUUUCAGCACACUGUGCGGGUGCAGCUGGACGCCAAGAAGUCAAGCUCCUCCGCGGCGCCAAUGUGCUGGACCAUGGGGUCCUGAUGCCAGGGACCUUUGUUGGGGAGCGCGCCGUCUUGGGAUCUGCUUCGCUUGCUCCAGCAGACUCCUACUUUCCACCGGAUAGCAUCAACACUGGCCAGGUCGGUGGCAAGCCUGUCCGCUUGCGAUUCCAGACCUCUACAGAGGAGCAAGUGGUCACAGAGUGGGAAGCAAUGCGCAGACUUAACUCAGAUGAGUUUUUCUGGGGCUUCAAUUUCGGGGUAAUUGGCGCUGCAAUCGUUUGCAGCCCUGUGCCUAUCUACCAGUGUUUGCUCACCUGCCUGCUUGGGUGGAAAACCUGGACAUCUUAUGGACCAUUCCUUGCUUUGCUGUCGUUCCCGUUUGUCUACGCUGCAAUCAGCCUCGUUGUACUCUCAAUCAACUACAUCCUGAAAUGGCGAAUCAUCGGCAAGUACGAGGAGGGUGACUACACAUUCUUCAGCAAUUAUCAUCUCAGCUGGACAGUCAUGAUGAUAUUAUCAGGUGUCAUGGAAGAUGCAGUCGAUGCACUUCAAGGCACGGAGUUUCUGGUCUGGUACUACAGGCUGAUGGGUGCAAAAGUGGGACAGAACUGCUGCUUGUUUGGGCUAGCCUUGGAGUAUGACUUGCUGACAAUGGGCGAUGGGUGCUGCGUAGGCUGGGAGUGCGAUACAACAUGCCACACAGUCGAGAACAUGGUCAUCAAACUGGCACCAACGGUUCUUGAGUCGUACACCUCCAUGCUUCCUCACUCGAUGGUGUCUCCUGGAGCCGUCCUGCACGAGGGCGCCGUUGUCCUGGAGAAUAGCCAGGUGCUGAAGGGCGAGCAGGUCCCUGCAGAUGAGUGUUGGGCUGGCCUGCCGGCGUCAUCCUGUGGACCCGUGGGCGCUCUGUCUAUGGAGGUCCAAGAGGAGGAUCAGAAAGCCAACGAAAUUCAGCGCGAAGCUCAAGUUGAAGCUCCAGCAGAGGAGGUGCAGUCUUUGCCGCAGGGCCUGGAGGCGUUGAGUGACGGUGCUGUUGUUGCGCUGGCGGGGCAGACCUUCCUUGUGGAGAGAUUGAAGACUGGGGACAUCUUACUCUUUGUGUUCGAAGCGGAUGGCAGGUCACUCUCAGGACAUUUGCGCGUCCGUGCCACGGGCCGUGCCGACUUCGCAGGAAGACGAGGACUGAGCAGGGAGAAGGGCAUGCCGGCAUGCCGCAAGGUCAUCAUACAGUAG